GCAGCUUGCACGUAUAAAUCUCGAAGAUCUAAUAGUAACGGUUCACUGUUUUCGUUUUUCUGCAAGAUCGUGCGCGUGCUUUGCUAUUCGGUCCUCAAAGAGUCGGGCUAGCGGAAAACAAACCCUCAAUAUGUGCCCUUUGGAGAGUAAAAAACACGUGUUCGUUGUCAUUUUCUGCGGAUUAAUGGUGCAGCUUGUUCUCAGCCAAAUCGACGGUUACAUACCGGGAGAAGACUACCCCAUAUACCACGAAAUACCGCAGGGGCUGUCAUUUAGAUGCGAUCAGCGCUUGCCGGGGUACUACAGCGAUCCCGAGGCACAAUGUCAAGUGUGGCACUGGUGCUUGCCGAACGGCCAGAAAUUCAGUUUUCUGUGUCCGAAUGGAACGGUUUUCAAUCAAUUCGCCAGAGUUUGCGAUUGGUGGUUCAACGUCGAUUGCGCUGCCACGCCGAAUUUGUACAAUAUCAACGAGGAUUUGUACCGGGUGACGCCUUAUCAAGGGGAAAAACACCACGAGAACCAAUAGAUGUGAAUUUUAGGCGCUUUUUUUGAUACUCUAUACAGAGGUGUGUUCCUGCAGAAAUCACAAACUAGUCGGAGCUGAUAAAAUUAUGCGAUUCAAGUAAAGGGAGUAAAUUAUUAUAUUGUGUUGAUCUUACAAAUUUAUGACUUUUGUUGGAACAAACCUUAUACAGUUUCUU